AUGAAAAAGGAACAGGAGUGUUGGGAUGUAUGGGUUGAGUUAGGACCGAGUGGCUUUCGAACGUUUAAGGACCCGCGCUUUGCUCGUUUCGAAUCCGAAUCGGUGCUGCCGUACCUUCCCCAGGCGACGUCUCCCAGUCUCCUGGGGAAGGUACACGUCAGCCGCACCUACUUAAACCCAAACCCUCCUUGGCCACCCUUUUGUCUCAAACGACCCGCCACUCGCCAGCGCACCCCUCCGCGUCGCUCCUCCCUUCUUCUUCCUCCGUCGUCGCGAUUUCUCUCGGUCGCCGGACGAAGACCCCUCCACCACCAGCCGGCGUCCGUCGCGGCGAGGACCCAGAAUGGCCUCGCGUGGGGCCGCCCCCGGGCGGCGGGACCCGGAGCGGCGGCGGCGAGACGCGCCGCGGGGCCGGGGGAUGGGUUCCCCUCGUUUCUGCCCAAGGAGGUGGAGAAAAUCAAGGACCCUUUCGCUCGUCGCUUGGCUCAGAAGAUCGAGAGGGUCCCAGUGCCGGUGCAGAUUGAAUCGUCUGAUGGUUGGGUAAUGAGCAGUUGCGUGAAACCAUCGAUAAGAAGUAACAACAAUCCGGUGGUCCUGCUACACUGCUUCGACAGUUCUUGUUUAGAGUGGAGACAUGCAUAUCCUUUACUUGAGGAGGCUGGUCUGGAAGUAUGGGCUGUUGAUGUCCUUGGAUGGGGAUUCUCUGACUUAGAAAAGCGUCCUCCAUGUGGUGUCUCAUCCAAGCGACAUCACCUCUAUCAGUUGUGGAAGACCCAUAUAAGAAGGCCAAUGGUAUUAGUCGGACCAAGUCUGGGAGCUGCAGCUGCAAUUGACUUUGCUGUCAAUCACUCAGAAGCUGUUGAGAAGCUGGUCUUAAUCAAUGGGUGUGUUUAUGAGGAAGGCACAGGUCAGCUAGCGAAAGUACCCAAGUUGGUGGCCUAUGCUGGGGUUUCUUUGCUGAAGAGCAUCCCACUGCGGCUUUAUGCCAAUAUGUUGGCCUUCAAGGGAAUCUCUUUGGCUACAUGUUUUGAUUGGACCAAUGUUGGGCGCUUACAUUGUCUACUACCGUGGUGGAAAGAUGCAAGUGUUAGUUUUAUGAGGAGUGGGGGAUAUAAUGUCGUUGACCAAAUAAAAGAGGUAAAGCAGAAAGUUCUGAUUGUCUAUGGCGAGCAUGACAGGAUAAUCACCAAGAAGCUCCAAGUGAGGCUCCACUGUGAACUGCCAAGUGCAAUCAUUCGGCAAGUGCCGGACUGCGGUCAUUUACUUCACGUCGAGAAGCCCAAUGCCAUCGCGAAUUUGAUUGCGGAUUUCGUCCAAGGCAGCAACUGCUGAAGAAGUUCGUGUAGUGGCGCUUCCCAGUUUUCCUUUUUCAAUGACUGCUUCAAAACCUAUAUAUGAACAGGUCUUUACUGUAGACAUGGACGAGAAGGUAGAUGUUUUCUCUUCCCCCCUUAGGCUCUCUAAUCGGCCAGACUAUCGAGUUAUUUACAUCAAUGUAUAUAAGCAAAGGGAAAGAGAAAGAGGACGUUUGUACUUU